CCAACAGUAUAUAAGGUCGAGGUAGUUUCCAUUUUGGCAUCAAGCUGCCAAUAGCGUUCAAUCAGGAACAACGUCCAAUUUCCGCUACUCUCCUUUUUACAUCUAUACAAGAAAAUGAAUACCUUUAAAGUAAUGAUUGUCGUGUGCUCUGUUAUGGCAGCGGUAUGUUCAGGCCAAUAUACCCAAUCUGGUAAGCCAAAUAGUUGGAUGAACCAACCGGCAAGCAGUCCCUUGGUCCCCAACAAAACUGGCCCGGAAGAUGCGUCUGCUUCCAUCGGUUCUCCUGUUGCUCCUGCUGCUCCAUCGGCUCCAACUCACAUCAAUUUCCCUGCCAGCGCCUUCCCUACCAUUUCUCAACACCUCUGCACUUGCACAGCCGUUUCCGAGUCUACAGCCGCUGGUAUGAUUGAAAAAUACCAGCAACCUUCCAGCUCUUCAGCCGCCGCAACUGAACAACAGUCAGCUCCUGCUGCCCAGCAAUCCUACUCCCAGCAGCAACAGGCUCCUGCUCAAAGUGCUGGCUCUUAUUUGACCACUGCUGCCCCUAUUGAACAAGGCCCCAGUGCUGCUGACCAAUUUGUUAAGCCCGCCUAUGCCAUGAGCAACAAGGUCACUGGGUACUAAAAUAUUGUCAGACUGCUUCUAGACUUCAAUAAACUUUAAACGCGUUUGAAAAAAUAUCGUAUCUUGAGACUUGAAUUUUUGAAUCAAUGCCAGCUCUUUCACGUAGGUUCUAUACUGUCGACAAAUAUACUUCGAAAAAAGACUGACGGUUUAUAUUAUGGA